UCAAUACUGCAAGUAGUUCAGAUUUACUAUCGCUGUUCUCUAGCUGGUCUAAAACCGAUUUUGACCUAAAGGGACGCUUUUUGAAUGCUUCUCAGCUUCCAGGCAGAAAGAACAGUAAAAAUGCAGGCAGGGCACAGGACAAAGCACUAGGGUUAAAAUGUAUGUGAAAUGGUUUGAUACAGUGAAUGUCAGUUUUUGUCAUUUUCAAAUUUCCCGCCGUUCUGUACCCCCGUACGUCCCGACGCUCGCAGGGUAUGGAACCCAGAUGACAGAUGCCGGCAUCCGCCAGAUUACAUUGUCGGGGACACCGCGGGAG